GUGCGCUCCGGGGCUGGUGGCCAAACCGUGCUGUGCAGCCCCCUUCCCGCGCCGUCCUCCGCACUCGGGGUCCGCGGGUAUCCGCGGACGUCACAGGCUCGGCAACCGCCGUCCCGUCGGCGGGGAGGCCCGCGCGCCCUGAGAUGCUCCGCAGCCUGUCGCUCAGCUGCGAGAUCUGCGCCCUUGUCCGGUUCCGUCACUGAGGUCGCCCCCGCCCGGCCCUUCCACCCCAGUUCUCUUCACCGUCGGCCCAUCCUGUCCGCGCGGCGUCAGGUCCCCAUUCGGCACGUGGCUUGCCUCCCAUCGUCCCCAGACUCGCCCCGCUCGGCCCCUCAGGGCGGGCCUGGGAUUGGGCAGACGCCGAUCCUCCCUGAGGUAACUCCCAUCCUGCCCUCGGCCCGGCCCUCCGUCUCCGCAGACCCCUGGCUUUGGAGUCACCGCCUCAGGCAGGACCCUCGGUCCGGGGCUGGGCCAGGGGACCUGCCCAACCCUGUAACACCCCGUGCCCUUCUGCACGGUCACCUCCCACUGGCAGUGACUGUCCGGUGUGUACCUUUCCGAUGUCCCACUCAGAAGUGGCCUGUUCCUUGGCAUGGGCUUCUUUGCAUCGCUGAGGGUGUCGAGAUGGGCAGGGGGGUGAGGAGAAAACAGAGAAGAGAGAGGUGGGGCCAGCGAGGACGAAAGGGGGACGGAAGUUUAGAAGACGGGAAGUGGAUGGGUCUGAAGAAUUUAGACAAACUGAGAAUGAAGGAGAGUGACCCGAGAGAGAAGUCGCGAGGUACUAACAAAGACUUCAGGCUCUAUGACCAAAAGGGGUCGAACCAGUUUGUGUACCCACAGCUGCCAUAUAAGGGUGUUUGUGAACUUCACUAG